AUUCCAUCUAAGCCCAAAUUCAUAUCUAUCCCUGAAGGCCUGGAGCAAUCAUCCAUUCAUGAAUUUCGCUCAACUAUGGUUAUGAUAUCCUUUGUUUGUGUCACCAACGCUGGUUUUUCUAAACUAUUUUCCUGUAGCUUGCACCUUAAAGCGAUUCACACUCAACUAGGAUAUGGAAUGACAGUUACGCUUUCGAUAAACAACUAUUGCAAAUUCUUGCAGCAAGCUCAAGGCCAUCGUCUAAGAAUCAUUUUUGAUAGACUUAUAAUUGUCUUGAAGAAAAUAAUGAGACAUCCACCAGACUUGUUUAUUAUGCACGAACGAAAUUAA